CGCUUCUCAUCAGCUGAUUCAGGUGUGCGAAGCCCGUUGAAGAACUGUUGAGUGACUCGGUUAUACGCGGGUGGGAUUGAUUGCCAUCAGUGUAGUGAGCUACCUGUUCAGUUCAGAUCUGGGCUUGAUCUAGUGCGGUUUGGUUGGUUGCUCUGAUUUGUUCCUCGGUUAAACGUCGCCACUUUGAAGCAAUUGUUUGGAAGUGUUUUUUUCUUUCAAAUUGACCGGGAGUUCCAUAGAGAGCGAAUGUUGCGGUGACAAACUGUUGUUGGAGUAAAAGUAACCGGUUGUCUAAACUGAUUCGGUGCGCAGUGCAUUCUGAAGGACACAUCUAAUAAAUAGAAAAACCGCACGGGGAAACCCUGACCUACCAUCACGUCUGUCAAACGAUCGUUGACGUAGCCUCGAAAAAGAAACCGGCUUAGCGACUUAUACACUCGUUUACUGGAAAUCACCACAAAUCACCGCAACAUGAGGAGCAGUGGACGGUGCGGUCGGUUUUGGGCCGCGCUCACGCGCAAAAAACGCAACGAAGACGACGGAAGUGACUCGCAGCUCGCACGUGUUCUCUCGCUGUUGGAUCUCACCGGGCUAGGGGUGGGCAGUACGCUCGGGCUGGGUGUUUACGUUUUGGCUGGCUCGGUAGCCCACGAUCAUGCUGGACCCGCCGUAGUUGUUUCGUUUUUGGUUGCCGCCGUUGCAUCGGCAAUCGCUGCCCUGUGCUACGCGGAAUUUGCCGCACGUGUACCGAAAGCCGGGUCUGCCUAUGUCUACAGCUAUGUCAGUAUUGGAGAAUUUGCAGCUUUUACCAUCGGCUGGAAUCUGAUUUUGGAGUAUGUGAUCGGAACAUCGAGCGUCGCCCGUGGAAUGAGUGGUUAUGUUGACGCUCUUGUAGAUUCCAAGAUGAGCAACGCGCUGCGAGAGGCGGUCGGCAUAAAUGUGGACUUCCUGUCGGAUUAUCCCGAUUUCCUUUCCUUCACGAUAAUUCUCAUCCUAACAGCUCUGCUAGCAUACGGUGUUAAAGAAUCUACGCUAAUGAACAACAUUUUCACUUGUGUGAAUUUGUGCGUUAUAGCGAUCGUAUUGGUUGCUGGAGGCAUUAACGGUACAUCCAGCGUGGCCCGUGGAUUGAGCGGUUAUAUUGACACACUCAUAGAUUGCAAGAUGAGCAACGCAAUGCGAGAUGCGAUGGGUAUGAAUGUGGACUUCCUGUCGGAUUAUCCCGAUUUUUUUUCGUUCACGGCAAUUCUCAUCCUGGCGGCUUUGCUGGCCUACGGCGUCAAGGAAUCCACGCUGAUGAACAACAUUUUCACCGGUAUAAACCUUUGUGUUAUAUCGAUUGUUUUGGUUGCCGGAGGCAUGAACAGUGAUUCGGCAAACUGGAAUAUUCGGCCAGAGGAUGUUCGACCAGAAGAUAUUCCGCCCGGCGUUGAUAUAGGGCAAGGCGGAUUUGCGCCGUAUGGCUUUGCUGGAAUUAUGGCCGGAGCCGCUAAAUGCUUCUACGGAUUCGUAGGUUUCGACUGCAUCGCUACAACGGGAGAGGAGGCCAAAAACCCCAGCAGAAAUAUUCCGCUAGCUAUCGUAAUUUCGUUGAUCAUUAUAUUUUUAGCCUAUUUUGGCAUCUCGACCGUGCUGACUAUGGCACUUCCGUAUUAUUUGCAAGAUCCAUCCGCUCCAUUUCCACACUUGUUCAAGCAACUUGAGUGGCACGAAAUCAAAUGGAUUGUUUCGAUCGGUGCCAUUUUUGCUCUUUGUACGAGUUUGCUAGGCGCUAUGUUUCCACUACCACGUGUUCUUUACGCCAUGUCCAAUGAUGGUGUUAUAUACAAGAAAUUGCAAACGGUCCAUCCGAAAACUCAAACACCAGUUCUGGCAACUGCAUUGGCUGGUUUAUUGGCUGCUGUAAUGGCUCUAUUGUUUGAUCUACAUCAAUUAAUUGAUAUGAUGUCCAUCGGAACGUUGAUGGCUUACACGAUUGUGGCAGUAAGCGUUCUUAUACUACGAUACGAAGACAACUCUAGGGUGGAUCCUGUUGAGAUCACCAUACCGAACGUAUUCAACCAGUUAUUCAACACAACUAAGCUCGCGAAUCCCAACCAUCUAUCAUCAGCUAUAGUUAAAUUUGGAAUUUGUAUAUUUGCUAUUUUAGUUUGCGCCGUUUGUGGUAUUUUGGUACAGGCUACCGAUCAGAUUUCAUCCGACUACCCAGGUGUCAUCGCAAUAUUGUCGAUUCUCGUCAUCGCGAUGAUCUUGUUGAUGAUAAUUACAGCUUGUCAACCGACGGAUAAAAUUAAGCUGACUUUCAAAGUUCCACUGGUACCACUACUUCCUAUGCUGAGCGUGUUCUUCAAUCUCUACCUGAUGUUCCAGCUGGAUUCUGGAACAUGGAUACGAUUUGCCGUAUGGGUUGCGAUCGGUUACUUCAUUUACUUUACCUAUGGAAUACGGCACUCAGUGGAAGGCGAAAUCGCUAAGCAGAUUGCAACAAGUGUCGAAACGAACGGCAAGAACGGAAAGAACGGAAUCGAUAACAAUGGUUUUGACGCUGGUCAAGACCGAAUUUUCUCGGCCAUCCCGGACGAUCAGCCAAGAAAAUAUUCCAAAAAUUCAUACACGUUUCACAGCGAGUAACAACAAGCAUUUAAAUUAGUCUAUUUAACAACAGCGUGAGAUAUUCAGUAUUCAAGUACAAAACAGUAUCAGUGAUCAAGAUCGAUUUUGUAUCAGCUCUCUCAAAUUGUUACGUGUUUGUUCAAUGCUAGAUAGGCGCUGAUAGAUCCAGUCAUUCCGUUGUAGUACUUUUACCAUUUUUACCAGUUUUACCAGCCAAUCUGUCUCGUUUCAAAGCUUUGAAAUGAAAGUUUAGUGAUAUUGCAUUUUAUAAAGUGUGUACCCAACUGUAAGAUAAAGCAUGUAAGGCGUAACAAACAUGUUCGUUUUAUUAGCACCUUAAAUUGCUUUGGGUCGUUCACCGAUCGCCGAACUUCAAAACUUGUGAUAAAUGAAUAUAAGUUAAGUCAAAUCGAAAGGUGUAAGGAAAGCGCGACAAUAUUUUAAUUGUGAACUGUGUCAGGGUUAACAGUGAUAACCUCGUUUCUGAAACAUAUAUGUACAUCAUGGUUGAGCCAAAAUAUGUUCAAUGUAGAAGAUAAUAAAAAUGCGUUAAACUAAA